UGUUUCUUUGUUCAAAAAAUUUGAGCAGAAUUUCAGCUUGUCAUAUGCAGGAAGCAAUUUACUUUUAAAGCUUGCCGCCCUUUAUCGAAUAUCGGCCAAUUUUAGGGAAGUUUAUCUGAUAUUUGAUCAAAGUCGUGCACAUAUAUUCUACAAAUGUAGAUAAAAAACGAAAAUUAAUUGAGCCUUUCGGAAAAUGGCGCCCUUGCUUAUUAACAGUCUGAAGAAACACUAGACUCCUUUCCGACAGCAAUUACGAAAAUACAAAUAUUGAUGAUCGAUAAGCAUGAAUAAUUCCAAAGGCAGGAAAUUGUCAGUGACUAUACUAAGACUAAUUCAUGUACUGUGAAUUCUCAUCUAACAAAAGCGAACACAAUGAUAGAAUUGACAUUUUGACGUUCAAUCAUAAAAUCAUUUUACCAUGUGUAAAUACAUUUAUCCACAAGCAAUAGAGUUAUGCAUUUUAUAGGCACAGAUUAAUCCAUCUUCCUCAGUCAAAUCCGAAUUAUACGCAUGGAAUAUACAAGGUUUUGUCUCAAGGUUUCAGUACGCCGUGUUGACUGGAUGUCUGUAUCUUAAGCAAGAUUAUUGGCGAUAUAUAUAUUUAGGGCGUUUUUCAAUCCCAUUAAUCCGUCAUUAUAUCAAGACAUGCUUCGUAGCUCUUGCCACGGGGUGAAGUUAAUUUAGAACUGGCGUGGCAUGUUCACCAUAAUUUUCUGUGGAUGAUUCGUGUUUUGACCAUGUGGAAACUUGCGAAAGUACUUUGCGUUCUAAGUAUAUUGCUGUGUUCUACUGAAGGAAACGUCGUUGGCAAAGAUGUUUCAAACUCCAAAGACAUUUCAACCAAAUGCUAUUUCUGCAUUGGGGAAAAAAAGGAUGGCAACAACAUUGAACUUUGUUCCACUGAUAACGAUCUUGAAAUUGAAGAAUGUGAAUUAGAAGAUCAUUUUGAUAAGUGCAUUGUCAUCCAGGCCUUCUCUCUCAGCAAGAACACAACAAUCUUCAAGAGAGAAUGUUCAUCUCGAAGGUUCUGCGAGGAGAGAAAAAUUUGCGCGGAUCCUGACUACUCUGAUUGUCGCUACGAGUGUUGUACGGGUGAUCUCUGCAAUGAUUUUGACUUUGCCGCUGAUGUUAGUCCAACUGUAUCGCAACCAACAGUUGGUUUGACGAGGGAAACUUUCCAAGAUCAAGAUGUGCAGAGCAGGGAUUCUGUGCGCAGUACAGUUGCAGCAGUGCUCACAGCACAAGCCAGGGAAUCUAACCAAGAAAAAGCCCAAGAAAUCGAACCAGUCGUUGAAGAAGCUUGUGAGGAUUUGGACACAUUCUGCCCUACAUAUGUGGAUGAUCCAUCUCACUGGCCUAUGUUCUGUAAAGAUAAUGAUAGAUAUACGUCAAUUGCUUGCAGAAAAACAUGCAAGUUUUGUGUUUCAAGCCAUGAAGUUACAACUAUACCGACGCAACAAACCACUGAAAUUACGACAACAAGUUCGGCUGGGCUAAAUUCAAAAGAUUGCAAAAAUCACAGAUCAGACUGUAAAGAGCUCGGAAUUCUGGAAUACUGUCGUAAAAUGCCUAUCUUUAUGAAAGAAAAUUGCCCAGAAACUUGUGGAUUAUGUUCAAAGGAAACUACUACGACUAAAGUGGUCAAACCGUUAGAAUCAGGGACAGAAGAGGUCAUAACGUCAGAGCCAGUUGCCACUAAACCAGCUAGAGUCAUCACGACAGCGUCAGAAAAUACAGAAAGGAUCACCACACCUAGGCCUUCACCCAUAUCCUCAGAUAGAGUACAAUCUGGCAUCUCCGUCGAAUCAACAGUAGAAAAUGAAGAAUGUCAAGACAAGAGAGACAAUUGUCAGGAGUUGAAAGAAAUUAAUUACUGCAGACUUAUGCGUUUGUUUAUGAGUGAAAGUUGUCGCAAAACUUGUGGAUUUUGUUACAACGAAACUGUUGCAACAGGAAACGUGGUAGACAAUAUCACCACCUCACAACCAGUGACAGAAAAAAUCACCACCUCAGAACCAGUAACAGAAAAAAUGACCACUUUAGUAGAACCAGUGUCCGAAAACAUUACCGCUACAGAACUAGUGACAGAAAAGAUCACUACCUCAGAACCAGUGACAGAAAAGAUGACCACGUUAGAACCAUUGGCCGAAAAUCUCACCACUACAGAAGUAGUAUCAGAAAAGAUCAACACCCCAGAACCAGUGACAGAAAGGAUUACCACCUCAGAACCAGUGACAGAAAGGAUUACCACCCCAGGACCAGCGACUGAAAAUAUUACCACCUCAGAACUAGUGACAGAAAGGAUUACCACCCCAGGACCAACGACAGAAAAUAUUACCACCUCAGAACUAGUGACAGAAAGGAUUACCACCUCAGGACCAGCGACAGUAAAGACCACCACCUCAGAACUAGUGACAGAAAGGAUUACCACCCCAGGACCAGCGACUGAAAAAGUCACCACUUCAGAAUCAGCGACAGAAAAUGUCACCAGUACACAACCAGAGACAGAAAAGAUCGCCACUACGAAAGCAAUGACUGAAAAGAUCAACACCUCAGAACCAGUGACCGAAAAAGUCACGACUCUGCAACCAUUGACAGAAAGGAUCACCACUUCAGAACCAGUGACAGACAAUACCACUACAUCAGAACCAUUGCCAGAAAAGGUUACCACGUUAAAACAAAUUACCAGUGAAAAGAAAAAGAACUUAUCUACAACAGUUCCUGUGAUCACUUUAACUCCAACGACCUUCGAGAGAGAUCAGAAAACAUCAGAAGUUGUCAUCAAAACUUCAAAUACAUCUUCAGAUACGAAAAAACCGACGGUUACAGUUAAGCCAACCUUAGAGAAUGAAGAAUGUCAAGACAAGAGAGAUAACUGUGAAAAUCUCAAAUCUAUGGAUUAUUGCAGACUAAUGCGAUUUUUUAUGAAAGAAAAUUGUCGUAAAACCUGUCAAUUUUGCUCGAAUGGUCAACCAAGUACACUAAAGUCAAAAACAACAGAAAAAUCAACAUCAUCACAAGUGAUUUCAGAGAAAUUGACGGAGCCCUCGCCUGAACCGACCUCAGUGUUGACAUCAUCGGACACGUCAUCAGUGACGUCAUCAGAUACGGCAGUGACGUCUUCCCAACCUCGAACAACCGAAGCAAUAACGAAGUCUAAAACUUCAACAACAACAGCAUCAACAACAACGGCAAAAGUUUCUUCUGAAUCAAAUGUUUUACCAACAUUUAAACAAACCACACCGGAUGUAAAUCCAACGUCUGAUAGAAAUUGUUUUGACAAGAGAAAAAGAUGUCGGUUAUUUGCCAAGCUAGAUGACUACUGUAAUUACCAUCGUGAUUUUAUGGAGAAAAACUGUCCAAAAUCAUGUGGCUUCUGUUCCCAAGAUGUUGCAGGUGGUCCAACUUCAAGAAAUGUGAUACCUUCACCCGUCACUACGGCAGAAACAACACAAGAAAAUACAGAAAAUAUAACACCAAGUACCAUACAAACCCCUCCUGAUGGAACGUCCACUCCAGAAGAAGAGAUCACAAAAACAACACCAAGUACCAUCAUAACCCCUCCUGAUGGAACCUCCACUCCAAAAGAAGAGAUAACAAAAACAACACCAAGUAUCAUCAUAACCCCCUCUGAUGGGACCUCCACUCCAGAAAAAGAGAUCAAAUCCACACUUCAAACCACUGAGGCUCCAUCAACCCCGACAGAACCCACAGAAACCACAGCUAAGACCACAACCCAACUCCGAGCAACUUCAAAGUCGAGCAUAAUUGUUGUUAAAGACUGUGUCGACAAACGAAAAGAAUGUGCCAAGUUUGCAGCGUAUCCUGGAUAUUGUGAUUAUAGCAGAGAGUUUAUGUUAGAACACUGCGCUAAAUCAUGCGGAUUUUGUACCGAAGGUGGCGAUAGUGGUCGCGUUUCAAGUACUCAGAAACCAAUGGAAACAUCAACUCUUAUGAGAAGUACUUUGGAAACAACAUCCUCCAUAGUUACAGAAGAACCAACGGCAGAACCAUCGGCAAAACAAACCUCAACAAUAAAACCAUCUGCCGAGCCAACCUCAGCAUUAACACCCUCAUCCUCAAGCCAAGAACAUGAAAAAUACGACGUUGUUUUGGUCGUUGGUGCAAGAACUCCAAACGCUUCAGAUUCGUUUGUCCAACAAAAAAAAAUCAUUCAAAAUAUUUUGGAAAAUCCAAAACUAAAUAACGUUAGUUCUCCUAUUAUAAACUACGGUCUUGUCGCAUACACUAAGGAAGCUCAAGUGAAAUUCCGAAUCAACAGCGAUGUACCCAUGACUAUCUUACAAUCAUCAUUAAGCCUGCUCACCUGGCAAAAAGAUGGUUCGCGUGUUGACAAAGGAAUAGAAAAAGCCAUGGAACUGUUUGAAAGUCGGCCUGAGAGAAAGAAACGAAUUGUUGUGUUCAUAGACAGUCCCUCAGAUGCGUCAUAUAGUGAGUUGAAUGAAGCCGCGCAAGAGGCCGAGAAAAGAGGCAUUAAACUAGUCGUUGUUGCCAUGGGUCAAAAAUAUGAUGCAGGAGAAUUUUUGAUAAUGGCUCCGAGAUAUCAAGAUCGUGUCUUGUUUGAUGGAACUCCACCGAGUAACGUCACAAGUAGAAUUAAAAAGGCUGCCGAUGAGACAAUAGCUGCAAUUAUGCAAGAAUAUGAAGAAACGAAGAAUCAAGGCGAAGGACAAGCAGGCGUCCCUGUGGUGGAAGAUCUUGGACCUUUCAACCCUGAGUCUGCCGAGUUCGGAGAUAAAUUAAGAUGGAAGAUAUGGCCAUGGAGCGAGUGCGUCAAUGGCAAACAAAGCAGAGUGGUUCGAUGUUAUCAUUUCCAUGAAGAGAAAGACUACCAUGUCACAAUUAAAGCUUGUAUCAAAUAUGUCGCCCCAAUGCCCGAGAAAAAACGAAAUUGUUAACAGCAUGCUAUGCAAAAAACGUUCAGUUUUACCACAGGACGGAUUGUAACUUUUUUCGAUAUAUAUAUAGAAUUGAAAUUCACAGAAGUUUAAGACGAAGCCUUUCUUAAUCGCAAAGAGUUUUAAAGAGAGGAAAACUGAUACAGUCUGUAUGGAAUGAUUUGUUUUUCAUUAUUGUCUAUAUCUUAUAUGUACGAAAUUUGACAACAAUCAAGGCAAAAACGUAUUGUCUGACACAUUAGUUGUCUAUAAUAGCUAGUCAGUCGUAAUUUUGUAUUCUUUUUGCAUCUCACUUCGUAUAACAAAUAUCACUGCAUAACUGAUUAGUCAUGCAGUAAGGAAAGUGUACGCUGUUGAUGAAAUAUUUUAUAUUUUGUAUUUUAAUUAAAAAGGUAGCCUAUCAGUGUAAUUAAACUACAUCACUCAGCUCCUACUGUAGUUCGCAGCUCAGUACUCGCAAAAACGAGCCAUGAAAACAAGCCAGGUUCUUCGUAUUAGGAGCGGCAAAUCUAGCUAGUGUUUAAUGGAUGUUCAUUGAUAAAAACUGCCUUUAUUCAUAUGCCAAUAUAUGUAUAUGUUUCCUUUGGCAAUUUAGUUAUUAUAGUCAAAACGUGCCAGUUUACUUUUAUCAUUUCGAAAAGUCAAUAGUUGUUUCAUAUAUUUACCAAUUAAUAGUGGGUGACUGGGUUGGUUUCACAUCCGCCUACGCGAAAGUUAUGAUUGUCGCUGAAGUUGUGUAUCCUGAGGUGCUUUAUGCAUGGAGCUUUCCAUCCAUGAAAAAA